AUGACCUCGCGUCUAGUCCUGGUCAUCGGUGACCUCUUUAUCCCUGAUCGGGCUCCCGAUCUCCCAGCCAAGUUCCGGAAGCUCUUAACGCCUGGCAAGAUCGGCCAGAUCUUGUGUCUCGGGAACCUUACCGAUCGCAAUACCUUCGAGUUUCUUCGGCAGGUUGCUCCGGACUUGCAAUUGGUCAAGGGCGACUUUGAUGUCGAUUCUCCCAAUCUUCCGCUCUCGAAAGUGGUGACGCACGGCAGUCUCCGCAUCGGAUUUACCCAUGGCCACACCAUCAUUCCGCCGGGCGAUGCCGACGCCUUGCUGAUUGCGGCGCGCCAGAUGGACGUGGAUAUAUUGCUCUGGGGAGGUACUCAUCGUUUCGAGGCCUUUGAAAUGGAGGGCAGGUUCUUCGUGAACCCCGGAAGCGCAACAGGAGCUUUGAGCACGGGAUACUGGGCGGAUGGAGAAGAACCGACGCCUAGUUUUUGCUUGAUGGAUAUCCAAGGUGAUGUGCUCGUGCUGUAUGUUUACCAGCUCAAGACGGAUGCCAACGGAGCCGAGACCGUCGCCGUCGAGAAAGUUUCAUAUCGCAAGAACAAUGUCCCAUCUUCAUGA